GCCUGAUACUUUUUUCAGCCGACUCCGAAGUAAACGCGGAACAGCGUCUCUCUGAAAGGUUUGGCGGCACCUCAAGGUUGCGAAAAAGAGAUGGCAGAAAAAAGAGCUGCACGGGACAGCAAUCCUAACAGUAAAGAUGGGCACACGAAGCAACAACUCAACCCCAACCCUGCAGCAGCAAUGGAACCACUGCAGUCAUCCGCAGAAGCCUCAGAUGUUGCAGCAAAGCAGGCACAAACAUCAACCAGAGAUACGAACAAUCCAGAUACAAUAAAACCAUCACUUUCUAACAUUCCUGGAAAAGACACUGAACAGAGAGAAAGCUUGGACCAAGAAGAAGUGAAAUUGUUGCACCUGGAAGCGGCAGAGGCAGUGAAGGAGAUAGGCUUUGCUGUGAGACAUGUUUACAAGUCAACAACACUAACUAGUACAGACCAGACUGUCUACAUUAAUGUACAGACCAAGGAGGAAUGUAGUCUGUGUCUGGAGCUGUCAUUACAAGGUUUUCGGGUGGUUGGUCACAAGUUUGACGAGGUUAACCAGUCCUGUUACUCCCGGCACUACGAGACCAUCUAUGCACUGUUGGAUGACCUCAGCUUGGGAUACAGACAAUCGUUCGGAGAAACCCUACAGAAUAGACUAGAGGCUCUGGCCUUGGAACAGAGGGCAGAGGAAGCACAAGCCGUUAAGGGGGAAUGAGAAAUUAGCCUCCACCAGGCCUUUGUAAGGGGUAGGAUUGUAGAAUUUGGCAAAAAUAGGCUUUAGUUUAAGAGUGAGCCCAUUAUAAGGCCUAGGGUUCCCCUUCAAAAAUGAAACUGCAGGGCUCAAAAUACUUUUUUGGAGAUACCUGCAUAAAAAAUUAUCAGCACCAGACAAAUUUUACAAAUUUCAGAAUUUAGGAGAUAUGGAUCACUCUAAAAACUGUUCAGAAACCGUUGCCAUUGUUUCUUUUAAACUUAUUUAAUAGGUGGUAACAGACGAUGCCAAUUGGGAUGUUUGGAACAGGAACUGUUAAUGUUUAUUCCCAUAGAGAGUGAGUGUGGCCAUAUAAUUAUGGACAGGUGAGUUGGCACAACUGGUAGCACUGUUGUGUUUUCUUAUACUAUGUGUUGUGUUUCAUUGUGUUUUGCUGCCAUCAAGCCUCAGCAUUAGUGUGAUAGUACGUCUAACCCUCGGAAAAUGGGGAACAAGUUCCGAACAACAGACGCUGAACCGGAUAGUGAGUGAGUAGUGAGUGUUAGUGCUGCGUACCGGUUCACUGGACUUGGAUCCGGACUUGUAAGAAUGUUAAGUUGAGA